CCCGGCACCGUGGCCCUGCGUGAGAUCCGUCGGUACCAGAAGUCAACUGAGCUGCUUAUCCGCAAGCUGCCCUUCCAGCGCCUUGUGAGGGAGAUUGCUCAAGACUUCAAGACUGACCUGCGCUUCCAGAGUGCCGCCAUCGGAGCCCUUCAGGUCAGUGGCUGUGUGUGUGUGUGAUGCUCUGUCCCCCCUAACCCAGAUCCUGUCCAAAUUGGCCUACUACACACACGGUGACAUAACAACAUGCACAAAUGCUCAAAUUCCUUUUUUUGUGCUGACCAACUGUUCUCUAUGCAUUUGUGUGUGUGUGAAUUUUUCUGUCUGUCUGCAGGAGGCCAGCGAGGCAUACCUGGUGGGUCUGUUUGAGGACACCAACCUUUGCGCCAUCCAUGCCAAGCGUGUCACCAUCAUGCCCAAAGACAUCCAGCUGGCACGUCGCAUCCGCGGAGAGCGCGCU